GCGUUUUGCGGGAGCCACACAUAAAGGCGGAAUGACACGGAGCGACAGGCGCGUCGCUGCUCCGGAAAGAGACGGGGAGUGACAGUGUGGCCACUUGGCUCAGUCAGGCCUUAUCUGGAUCAAACACUGAUCACAAACCCAGCUCCGCCACAGACGACAUCUGCGAUCAGCGCACUUUUGGCGACAUUAUUUCCGGGCUGAACGCGAUUCAUGGUCGCAAAUGGGAGACGAGUGCGAUAAUGGAGCAACGUGGCGGACGGAUUUGUGAAGAUUACAGUCAAUAAAGUGCUGUGCACAAGACUGCCUCCUAAUCCCUGUGUGAAAGGGAUGGGCAGUGCACCGGCUGGAUCUGUCUUUCUGCAAAAAAAAAGCUGGGUGGAGGACGGAGGGAGACUCUUCCUCUUGACUCCACACAUGCACAUUAUGGUCACAAGGGUGUAGGCUCACUCGUGUCGGAUGUCAAACGCGUUGUCAGACUCUUAUGAUUAGUUAGAAGUCAGAUUGUUUACAUGAGGAUGGCAGAGCCUCCCAUGUCAUGUGAUUGUUUUGUUUCCUUGCCCCCCGGAUCUCGCGAUGACCAUGUGAUUUUUGGGAAGAACUCUGACCGUCCCCGAGAUGAGGUGCAGGAGGUGGACCACUACCCUGCAGCAUCUCACCCCCCGGGCUCCAUGCUGGAGUGCACAUACAUCCAGAUCCCUCAGGUGGAGCAGACCCACGCUGUUGUCCUCAGCAAACCUGCCUGGAUGUGGGGCGCUGAAAUGGGAGCCAACGACCAGGGAGUCUGUAUUGGAAAUGAGGCUGUGUGGACCCGAGAGCCCAUCGCCCCCGGAGAGGCUCUGCUGGGCAUGGACCUCGUCAGACUGGGGUUGGAGCGUGGUGACAGUGCCUGGGCGGCGCUGACAGUGAUCACCGGCCUCCUGGAGCAGCAUGGCCAGGGAGGGCAGUGCAGGGAGGACCCUGAGCCCUUCAGCUACCACAACACCUUCCUCCUGGUAGACCGCAAUGAGGCCUGGGUCCUGGAAACCACUGGAAAGCUGUGGGUGGCGCAGAAGGUCACAGAGGGCGUGAAGAACAUCUCCAACCAGCUGACCAUCGGUGCUGACGUCUCCGCGGAGCACCCAGAGCUGCGGAGUGUGGCCCAGGCUCAGGGCUGGUGGGAUGGUGAGGGAGAGUUCAACUUCUCCCAGGUGUUCAGCCCAGACAACCCACCUGCCAGGAUGGAGCUGGCCAAAAAGCGCUACAAGGGAGGCACAGAGCUACUCCAGCAACAUGACGGCUCAGUGACGGCAGAGGUGAUGAUGUCCAUUCUGAGGGACAAGCCCAGCGGCAUCUGCAUGGAUUCUGGGGGUUUCUGCACCACAGGCAGCAUGGUGUCUGUCCUGCCCAGAGACCCCAGCCUGCCCUGCAUCCACUUCUUCACUGCCACCCCCGACCCCUCCAGGUCUAUAUUCAAGCCUUUUAUCUUCUCGGACUUUUACACUCCAGUGCCGAGGGUGGUCUCCCCACAGUUCGGCCCAGACGACCCUGUCAGGAAGCAGCCUCGCUUUCAGAGCCAGGUGGACCGCAGACAUGACCUGUACAAGGCCCACCAGGUGGCGCUCAACACUAUGGAUACCAACCCGGACGAGGGUUUAGGUGCCUAUGAGAUCCUGAGGGACCUGGAGUCACAGUGUCUGAGCGACAUUUCAGCCAUGCUGAACGGAGAGAUCCCAGGAGAAGAACUGGGGGACUUGUUUUUUGACUCCGUGGACACAGAGAUAAAAUUCUACCAGUGAGGAGCGCCCUCAGGUGGACAUCCCUAACGCUCGCAGAGUUGCAGGAGAGCGCCCUGGGACUGUUAAAAACUCUGUGUGCUCCUCGUCUGAUUGGCCUCUCCCUCACUCACACAACACACAUCCCUGACACCAUUCCAUCAUUAACACAGACUACGUGUCUAAACUGCACUUGUGAUUGGAGCAAAUGUAUCAUCUGUAUCACCCAGGGAGCAAAUGAGUGCACCUCAUUAGUGAGUAGGCCUUUAUUGAUGUAGACUACACAGGCAAUUGUAUGUAGAGCGAGCUGUGUGAAGUUGCACAAAUACUGUGAGUGUGGCGUUUGUUUAACAUUUUGUUUGUUGUUGCAAAUGAAUGGGUUGUCAUUUGAGGGCUACUUGUAGGGAAAGAUCUAAUAAAGAAUGUGCUUAGUC